GAACAUGGCGAGUGGUAUGUACCAGCAAAUGGUGGUACCCGCGCCCUACCACUUCCAUCAGCCACAGCCACAGCCCACCCCGACGGUGACACAAGAACCUGAGCCCAAGAAGGAACCCAAGAAGCGCAAGAAACCCGCGGAGAAGGCUAAUGGCGAGAAAAAGAAGCCUCGUAUCAUCGGUCAGACGGCGUACAUGGCUGGGCUGAGACUAGACUCAGGGGACGUUGGAGGGGAACAGCGGGGGGAGUGCUCAAGAUGCAAUAAGAAAAAGUGCUUUAAACACGCAGAUGCUAAGAACAAGAAUCAGAUGUCCAAAAAGACGCCAGAGGACACAGUUCUGCAGAUGAAGAAGCACAUGCUAAAGCUCCUCUCCAAUCAUGAUUACCCUACCUUCUGCAAGAAUGACCAAAAGAACGGGCAGAUUGAUGUCGACAUCUCCAAAAUGCAUCGGUCUUAUCUGGAGGAACACGAACCACAAGCAUUUGAACCACCGCCCAGCAAUGAUCCUAAUAGAGAAUAUAAACCUAAAGUGAAACAGUGGUUAUAUAGAAAAAUAUUUUUAGAUGAAUUCAAGACAUUCGAAUAUAAUGCAUGUAAACGUCACAUUGGAGAUCUAAGACGCAGUAUAGAGAGUGUUAUGAUCCAGAAAAAGAAAAAGGCACCGAAACCGAAGCCUCCUGCUCCACCGCCUCCUCAACAACAGCAGGCGAUGCCACAGGACUACAGUAUGAACAACCAUGCUCUCAAUAAUGGUGGACCUCAAGAUAUGAGUCGCACUGCUAUUCCUCCAGGAACUAUCAUAGCUGCAUCACCACAUCCACCAGCAAGUACGGCGCCAGGGGGAUACCAGCCCAAUCUGAUGAACCUUGGUGUUGAUACAUCAUCCACACCUGUAUCAUCGAUGGCCACUAUGGGUGCAACCUCUACACUUCACAACUCCUUAGCUACGUACAUGACGCAGCAGGUUCAACCAAACAUACUCUUUGGUCUUGGGCAGCAACAGCAGCCACCACCAGCACAACAGCAGCCUCUCAACUUGCAAACUUCACACCAGGGACAACCAGCCAUGCAACCUCCACCUCAUCAACCUCCAGGAACAUCAGCUGCACCCACUGCUGCUCCUCCACUACCACUAAAUUUGCACAAUCCAUAUUAUGUGUCUUUGGGUCCAAUGUUGCCACUACCUAUGUCCACUCCACAACAUAACCAUCAACAGCAAUUCCAACAAAAUAUGUUGCAGCAACAGCAAGGCAUUCCUGGUGGCUUUAAUCAACAUACCAUGUACCAGUGAGGCAAGGCGGCCCCCGGCUCCACCCACUACCCGUCCCCUGUGCCAGCACAGCACCGAAAUCAAUAUUGUCCAUAUACACACAUGCCGACUAUACCUUCUUCUUACCAGUAUACCUGGUCACCAACUUCAUCUACAGCACCAAGUAAUACAUUGGCUUCUCGACAAAGUUUUCCUACAUCAUUUUCUACACAAACACAACACUCCUAUGUAGCAAAUUCUGUGCCACCACUUACAUCACAACACUUUCCACAAACUCAUAUGUCCCGUCCACUCGGUUCUGCUAAUCAGCAUAUUUCCAACACAAGUCAGCCAUUAUAUAACCAACAACAGUCAUAUGUGGUUGUAACUGUUACCACAGGAAAUCAGAUAAACAAUUGUAUCCAAUCUAAUUCAGUAGUUAAGCAACCACAAUCCUCUACUUCUUCACAAACAACUACUCAUUCAUAUACAACAUCAAAUAAUACACCAACCAUGGCACAAAUGGACAUGGCAAACUUUCACACAAACACAGCACAAAAUCACUUCACAGCAAAUGCUCUUCCAGUGACUACCGCACAUGUAAAUAAGUCCACAAGCUCAGUUAAUCAACAAAUAAUCCCUCAGAAGAAUGAAACCAUUAAUCAGCACACUUAUAUUCCAAUGUAGUGGUAUGAGAAAUGUUAAUAGUUCUUCACAUGUGUAUCAGAUUCUUGAAAAAGAUAAUACUUGCUGAAAUUAACCUGGAUGCAGGUUAGGUCAGUAGACCUUGCCUGUUUUUUUUUUCCCCCCCCCUCUUUUUUGUUUUUUUCCAUGUGUCUGGUAGGGUUAACGAUAGUGGCCACUUCAAUGGAGAAAUGAAGCAUUUCGGUGGGACUACGGGGCCGAGCUGUCAGUUCAAAAGUAUGCAGCUCAUGUAAACCUCAAGUGACUUUGCAAUUCAUUUAUACCAGUGUUUUUUCAGAUUUUAUAAUCAUGAAUAAUGUACUUCUUUCUAACAAGUCCUGAAAACAAAUAUAGAUUUAGGACCUAACUGAGAAACCGUAUCAAGCUAGGAGUUAAAAUGUCAAAAGAAUUUACAUUGGCAUGGGUGGGCUUGUAAAAAUCAAAUAUUUUUCUUUUUGUUAGAAAUUUUAUUUCAAAGUAGCAAGUUCAUGAUCAUAAGGUGCCCAUAAUUUGAUUAGGUAGUGACAGCAUUACCUAGGACAUGAAAUGUGUCACUAUUUAUUUCAGGUGAAAAGUAACGAUUUCAGAAGGAAAUGUGUCAAGCAAUCUCUUUGUAUGGGCUUCCUCAAAACAGGACUUUUUAAUGAAAAUUAUGAUAUUCUUGCUAUCUGUACUAAUGCUCUGUUCAAGAAAACAAGGUAAGAAACUUUUUACACUUGUCCAAUUGUCUGUGAUGAAUCCCAUAAUUUAGCAUUGGAUUUCAAAUAUGACCUUGGCCUUUUGUGGGCAUUUAGUCUUUCUUUCUGUAAAUUGAAUUCCAUAUUUGUGAUGGUAGAAUACUAUGCAGUAUCUUUAUUAUUGUAUCCUCUUAUAAUGUACUCUUUUUACUUAAACUUAUAAAUCUUAUGCAGUAGUAACUUAGUUAAUAGUUACUUUCAGAUAUGUAUGUAAAUACUUGUUCUUUAGUCUGAAUGAUAACUGUGCAUACUAUUUCUUAUAUUAAAACAAUUGCUCUCUUUAUCUGCAGCUGUUCCUAAGAACAUAGAUUUUUAUCAUUUUGUUGCCAUGUUUGUGUAACCCACAAUACCACUUCAGAGCAUUCUUGCCUAAUGUAAGGCCAGGUGGUGCUUUAAAUGCACAAUGUCUGAAAAAAAAACAAUAUUCGAGUCUUGACAUUAUUUUAUAUCAAAAUUGUCAGGUUGUUAAAAGUGUAUGAAUAAAAACCUCAUAAAUGAGCUUGAUGUUAGAUAGUGAAUUAUUAGAGGUAUUAAUGAAAUAUGAGUGAGUAUACUUAGGUUGUAAAUUUCAAGGCUUGACUGUUAUCUCAGGCAUCAUCAGUGUACCUAACCCAAGGGCAUUGAGUCACAAACUAUUGGAUAUUGUCUAGUAUCCAAAGGGCUGAGGGACAUAACAGUAUUGGCAGCCAGUAUCACAAAUAGUCUAUAAGAAGGGCAUUGAUACAGUUUACCAAAAGUCCUUUCUUUGUUAUGUAUAUAUCUGGUGGGAGGGUUCUUCGUCUAUAAACUUUUGAUUUGCUAGGGUAUUUUACAUGUCACAAGUCUGUUUUAAAUAUAAAUAUCGAAACGUGUUAAAAGUUAUGCAGAACUCCAUAUGUGGAAACAUAUCCCAAGGGAAUUUGAUGAGGAGCUGUGGUGUCAAAAUAAUUAUUUUUGUACACUAGGCUAGAGAUGUCUUGAUUGUGUAUCAGAUGGAACCAGCACAGUAUGAGAUAAAGAUGCAAGUCAGCGCUGCUUCCACCUACUACUUCAGUUAUAUUUAUGUAAUUACUUACGUAAGACAAAAACUCAUUUUCUGCUGCUCUUGCCAUUCUUGUCAUUAUUGGCUGACAAUUGAUAUUACAUAUCACAAAAAAAUUAUUUUUUUCAUUUUUUCUUUCUUUCUUUCUUUUUCUUUUUUUUCAAUUAUUAGACAUUAUUUGCUUUUGAUUAUGGUGUUACUCAUAGCUCUUCCUCUAUUUGUGCAUCUUUAUUGAAGGUUUUAUUACUGGAAAUAUUUGAUUUAUUAUUAUUUUUUUUAUUAUCAGAUUUGUUGUCACUACUUGACUGUAUCAUUCAUAGUACAAUCAACAUUAAUAUUAUUACAACUUUUACCAUGACUCUUGGUAUUGUUAAUGUAAUACAAAAUAGAUAAUGAAUAUUUUUGUAACACCUGUACGAAUGGAUGAUAUUUGGCCAUGUUGAUUAGUAGCAUUCAUUAGUAUUCACCAGUGAUUUAUCUUAAAGUAUAUGUUGAUAUUAUUUAAUUUUCUGCCACGACUAUUAAGGAGUUUAUUUCCUCAAUAACACAAGAAUUUAUUUUUACUUAAUUGUGUUUCAUGGUCAUGUGUGUACUGUGUGAUCAUGAAUCACACUGAAUACCUGUACAAAGGAGGGCCUCCAUACGGGACUGAUGCAAAGGUUUAGUUUAACUAAAAGUGCCAGUGUCUGAUGUUACAUGUGUCUUACUUUUGAUUUGCAGUGGUUAGAAGGAUUGAAACACUUUCAAAGCAAUUUUGUGUGGCUUGCCCAUGAGUGCUAUAUGGUUGUUUAUAUUUUUCUAAUUAAUCGUAAGUACAAGUUCCAUAAGUUUGUGCUGCAGCUGUAUGUAUCAUGCAGCUAUUACUACAGACAGAAAUCUCAUCUAGAAUCUUUUUAAGGGCUGUGUAGGUUUUCAUGGCCCUCAUACAUGACUAUUACUUGUUUAGUUGAGCUGGUAACAAAUGUACAGUGACGUGCUGGCUUUCUUUUUGUAUCUGUUUUACGAGUCUUCAUCUUUGAGGACAAGAAAUAGCAUUUUGAUUUACAGGUUAUCAUAUAUAUAAUUUUUAUAA